UGCAGAGCGGACCUGCAGUACAGGAGCGGAGCUGCUCUGGCUGAAGUAGCUCAUAAAUAUAGAGAUAAAACUGUAUAUAUAUAUUAAAAAAAAUACAUCGCAGUUUGUGGUUUAAUGACAGCAGUAGGCUGGAGUCUUCAGGGAAAUUGGUGAAAAUACAGUUCAGCGAUCUCAACUAGCAAACCUGAGACAGAAAACAUGCCUAAUGCCACUACAAGACCAAAGAGGACGAGGCGUCAUAGACGGGCUCAGAGAGAAGAUGCUGUGAGAAAUGAGCUGGUGUCAAGAUCACUGGAAAGUGCUCAGCAGUGUCUGUUCAGUCAGGACUACGGCACUGCGUUUGUUCACUACCUGUUGGCUCUAAACCUUGCCCCAGCACUAAAAGACUUUGCAAAUGAAUCCUUUAGAUUUACUCUGUUUAGAUGGGCAGACGAGCUGGACUCUCUUGGACGUAUCCAGGACCUCUUUAAUUGCUAUGAACAAGCUAUGGAGUUGUUUCCAAUGGAUGAGGUUAUAGUGAACAGCAUGGGAGAGCAUCUUUUCAGAAUGGGGUUUCGGGAUGAAGCUGCUGGGCAUUUUUACAAAGCACUUAAACUCCGACCAGACUUUCCAGAAGCAAAGGAGAACUUUUACCGUGUUGCCAACUGGUUGGUGGAGCGCUGGCACUUCUUAAUGCUCAACGACCAUGGGCGGAACCACAAGUACCAGCUGGCUAUUAAGAAAGCUGUUGAGGAAGGAUGCAGCUCUGUUCUGGAUAUUGGAACUGGCACAGGCAUCCUCGGUAUGUGUGCAAAGAUGGCAGGCGCCGCUGAGGUCUAUGCCUGUGAGCUGUCAAAGACAAUGUAUGAGCUGGCAUGUGAGGUGCUCUCAGCCAAUGGGAUGGCAGAUAGCAUCAAGAUUGUUCACCUGAAGUCUUUAGACAUGAAAAUUCCAAAAGACAUUCCAAACAGAGUGUCGCUGGUUGUAACAGAGACGGUAGAUGCAGGGCUGUUUGGUGAGGGCAUCAUUGAGACGCUGAUCCAUGCGUGGAAGCACCUACUUUUACCUCCACCUAGCACUCAUCAACCCUUGUCCAGUCCCUCACAAACGGGCCGGGUAAUACCUGCUGGUGCAACUGUGUUUGGAGUCGCUGUUCAGUGCCGUGAGAUCCGUAGACAUCACAGGCUGUGUGCAUCUUCAGUUGGAGGCUUGGAUCUGUCUGCAGUAGGACAGAUUUAUAGUCCUGUGAGCUGUCUGGCUGAUACUGAGGACAGCACUGAGCCCUAUACCACUGAAAGACUGAGCCGCCUGCGUGGAGGAUACAUUCAGCUCACACAUCCUUUCACAGCUCUGGACAUAGACUUCAAUAAUCUGCAGGAGCUGGAGGGUCUUUGCUCCAGAGAGGUGAUGCAGCUACGACUGUGUGUGACUCAGGAGGGUGUUCUUGAUGCUCUGGCAGUAUGGUUUCAGCUACACCUCGACCAGGACAACCACCUGUCCACUGGCCCACAGGAAGACACAUGCUGGGAGCAGGCCAUCUAUCCAAUACAGAGUCCAUUCAACACUGUGAAAUGUGGUGAUGAAAUACUGGUGGAAGUUUCCUGUAAGGACUCUUAUCUCAGGCUAUGCUGUGCUGCUAUCAUAAGAGAUGGACACACAUUCCAUAUGGACAAUGUAACUCCCAAGAUCCUCACUGCAAGCCCUGAGGCUGAGCUGUGCAGUGCUCUGGCUGGCCUUCAAACCAGCCAGGAGAAACCUUGUGCUUUUAUGCUGGAGUCGGCAGAGAUCGCCCUCCUCAAUAACACAGCGUAUCAUAACAGCUUCCAGAGGGCCAUGAGCAAACUUUUGGUUUCUCUUAAGUCAACUAGGAGGUCAGACACAGAACUCGAUCCGAUCUACGUGCUCGAUGUCUCUGAGGGCUUUUCUGUGCUCUCCUUGAUUGCAGCCCAGUUAGGCUCCGAUUCAAGUGAAGACAAACAGAUCAGCCCUGGAUUGGUUCAAGCCUACAGCUCAGUGGAGAAGGAGCAUCACCAGACUAUGUUGAGACUGCUGGCUAAAGGAAACGGUGUGCUUGAAAGCACACUGGAGUUCUGGUUAAGUCAUGUGGAGGAUGAUUCUGCAGUUCUUCAACGGCCAGCCACCGAGAAGCUCUGGAGCGCCAUCAUACUCGACUGCAUAGAGACCUGUGGUCUUAUUAGACAGAAAAUGUUGGAGAAAGCAACGUUAGCUAGGUGUUUGUUGGAGGACGGUGGGCAGAUUUUUCCAGAGCGCAUUGUGAUCCAUGGAAUGCUUGUUGAGUCUGACACGCUGCUUCGGGAAAGCGCUGUUCAGGGAACAGAGCCGACUCUCGGGUUCAACAUUGCUCCAUUCAUCAAUCAGUUCACAGUACCUGUUCAUGUGUUUUUGGACCUGUCCACACUUGAAUGUACACAUCUUAGUGAAGCAGUAGAACUCUUCGCUCUGGACCUCAUGAACAGCACUUCCAAUUACACUGACAGAGAAGUCAAAGUGCGGGUCAACACUUCAGGCAAGGUGACUGCCAUUGCUUUCUGGUACCAGAUCCAUCUGGACUCUGAGCAGAGCGUCAGCACCUUCAGUGAGGACUCUCACUGGAAGCAGGCGGCGGUGGUCCUCCAGCAGCCCCUGACGGUCAGCAGAGGAGAGUGGGUCAAGCUCAGCAUCCAGCUCCACAAAAGCAGCAUCUCCAUUACAGCUGUCAAAGAAGAAGGGCUGGGGGCUGAUGAUGUUAUCAGGGAGGCGGAGCCUAUGACCAGUGACUCAUGAUGUGGGAGGGGUCUCUUGUAUUGAUAUAACACACUCCAGAAUCAGUGAAUUGCUGCUGAUGGGCAAUUAUUUAAUGGCUGUAUGGUAAACAAAGUUAUUAUUUUUAAGAACAAGCACACAUUUUACAUUAAAAUAAUUUCACCAUGACUGUGUGUGGCUUGAUGCUUCUUAUAGGUAUACUUAAAGGAACA